ACGCCGCAGCCUGCUCGGCGCUCGCCUGCCCGUCUGCCCGCCGGCCCCGUGCGCCCUCGCUGCUGCGGGUCUGCGCCGCUCGACCCUGCCGGCACCAUGCACCUCUCCCAGCUGCUGGCCUGCGCCCUGCUGCUCACGCUACUCUCGCUCCGGCCCUCUGAAGCCAAGCCCGGGGCGCCAGCGAAGGUCCCGCGAACUACGCCGGGAGAAGAGCUGGCCGAGUCCCAGGCUGCGGGCGGCGGUCUGAGGAGGAGCGACAAAACUACCGGCGGUGGCGGCGCCAACCGGUCGCGACUUCAGGACCUGCGCGCGGACACCAGGUCGCGGACGGUGUUGGUCCGCCUUCUGAGCGAGAGCUCCAACGGGCGCAAACAGAAGGGAGGCAAGAAGAAGAUCCUGUCCAGGGGCUGCUUCGGCCUCAAGCUGGACCGGAUCGGCUCCAUGAGCGGCUUGGGAUGUUAGUGCGGCGACCCCUGGCGGCGGAUCGGGAACUUGCUCCGUUUUGCUGAGGUCAUUCUUGGUCAUCAGCCUCACAGCAUCUGGAAGCAUCCAACGCAAUGUGGCUUUUACAUUUCCUUUCUUUUUUUUUUUU